CUGCGGCUGAACAGCUGCUUUCAGCGAAUCGCGUGUGUUUUCAUCAUCAGUCUCCGCUCCGGCAUUGGUUCUGGUUCUCCCUCCUCCAGACUCCCGCAAACAUGUCCGUCUGACGCCCCGAAAACCGCCGCAUCCACCGGGCUUCAGGAUGAUAUGGGCCCGGCGGAGCGCCUGACAUCCGUCCGCAGGCAUCAUGAGGAUUUUAACGGCGUGCGGUCUCUUCCUGGCGCUCUGCUCCAUCGGGCUCCUCACCAUGGCCAUCAGCACCGACUACUGGUACGAGACAGACGCGCGGAAACACCGGGACAGAUGCGAUAAAUACACCAGCCCCAAAUACCCGGGCUACAUUUACAACUCCAACCAGAACCUGCCUCUCCGGAGGCGGCCGGCGCGCGAAGCGCUGCACUUCGGGCCCGUCAUGGAGUGGCACUGCAGCCGCUACUACAACUCCACCACCACCGGCCUCUGGAGGAGGUGCCACAGGGAGGGCUUCGACCUGGUGAUGGAGGAUCUGAUUUUUAAAGGUGUUCUUCAGCGCUGUACACCGGUGAAGUAUUACUACUCGGCACCGAAUAUCCCUCGAUACCUGCCGGCGAACAUCACCAAGUCCAUCAGACAGGAUGAAUGGCACGCGCUGCAUCUGCAGCGAAUGACGGCGGGGUUCAUCGGGAUGGCCGUCUCCAUCAUACUCUUCGGCUGGAUGGUUGGUCUUCUGGGCUGCUGGAAGCACAAUGAACUCAUGCAGUAUGUGGCAGGACUGCUCUUCCUCAUGGGAGGUACGUGCUGCAUCAUCUCUCUGUGUACGUGUGUGGCGGGCAUUAACUUCGAGCUGUCCCGAUACCCGCGCUACCUCUACAGCCUGCCGGAGGACAUCAGCCACGGCUACGGCUGGUCCAUGUUCAGCGCGUGGGGGGGUUUGGGGUUGACGCUGCUGGCCGGAUUCCUGUGCACACUCGCCCCGUCACUGCAGAGCCCUCAGAUCAGCUCCAGCUCCAGCACACACAAACCAGCACAGGAGAACGGCAUGGUCUGACACACACACACACACACAAACACACACACACACACUCUAGCAAAGGAGAACGGCAUGGUUUGACACACACGUGCACACAUACACACUCAGAAACAAAAUCACACACUCA